ACGGACACAUUCUCCUCCAUCCUCUUAGUUGAAUGACAAAAGUGGGCAGUUCAAGAUUUCAUAUUUGCCCUCACUGUCUCAAACUCUCUCUUUUCUUCCUCUCCUUUGCAGCCGGUCGGACGUACGCGUCCCAUACCUGCAUAGAGUUCCCAGUAUUCUUGGGUACAGUAUUGAACGUCGCAAUAUCCCGCGCGCACUGCACCAAGUGAGGGAGCCGAUGCCGAAAAGACUUCCCAUCCUUUCAACCCCAAAAAUAUUAGAAAAUCCAGGAUUGGACAACCAUUAAUCGAAAUGUUUGUCGAAAUAAUGCGACCAGUAAGGUUCCUCCCCCUUCUGUGCACAGUUUGCCACCUGACCAUGGCUUUCCCCGCCCAAACAGGAUACUCAGAAGACGACAAGCGUCAACUCCAGGUCACCAUCUCCAAGACAACCCCCAUCUCCACUGCACACCUGGGGGGCUCCAUCACAAUCACCUGCCUGGUGUCCCUGUCACCUGGGCCCCUCUCAUCCUCCUCGCCCCCUAUCCCACCCCGGGUCAAGUGGAGCGUGUUGCAUGAGGGGGAGCAGGAGGAGACAGAGAUCCUGGUGGCGCGGGGUCAAAGGGUGAAGGUCAAUGAGGCCUACAGAGAACGAGCCUCCCUGGUCAACUUUGCAGACUCGCCUGAGGACCUCUCCCUCUGGUUGGGGGAGCUGCGCUCAAGCGACACGGGGCACUACCGCUGCGAGGUGCAGCAAGGCCUGGACGAUGCCAGUGAUUUCACACAGAUAAAAGUCAAAGGUGUGGUCUUCCACUAUAGACACGCCUCUGGCCGAUAUGCGUUUUCGUUCAGUGAGGCCCAGAGGUCGUGCGAGGGCAUUGGGGCACACAUCGCCACUCCCGACCAGCUUCUGGCAGCCUAUUACGAUGGCUAUGAGCAGUGUGACGCCGGCUGGCUCGCUGACCAAUCUGUCAGAUAUCCAAUCCAAGUUCCCCGGGAAGGUUGCUAUGGUGACAUGGAUGGCCGCCCGGGAUUGAGGAACUAUGGGACGCUGGAAUCAGAGGAGCUGUUUGAUGUGUAUUGUUAUGUGGAGCAUAUUGAUGGGGAGGUGUUCCAUGGCUCUGCCCCUCAGCAGCUGUCAUUGGACGAGGCUCGGGCUUACUGCGAGAAGGAAGGGGCAGAGCUGGCUACCACAGGGCAGCUGUACGUGGCGUGGAGCAAGGGUUUGGACAGCUGCAACCCUGGCUGGCUGUCUGAUGGCAGUGUGCGGUACCCCAUCAUCAUCCCUAGGGAGCGCUGUGGAGGGCCUCAGGCAGGGGUCAAAACCCUGUAUCGCUACAGCAACCAGACAGGCUUCCCUGAAUCAUCCAGCCGCCAUGAUGUUUACUGUUUCAGAGGUGUUGGGAAUCCUCACACUGAUGCCCCCAUGGACUACAUGGCCACUGAGCCAGAGGACAUCGGACAAGAUAUUGUCGUUCUUAUGGAGCCUGCUGAGGAGCUCUAUCUGAGCCAGGAUAGCAAGCAAGUGGAGCGAGAGGCCCAGAGUGUCCUGGGAUCCCUCCCCGUCUUCCAGUCGGCUCCUGCUCAGGAGGAUCUGCAGGGGACUCCCCCUACUGCCCUGUCAAGCACAGAGGUCCCCCUCACCCAUACAGCCUCUUCCCAGGACCUUCUCCAGCCCUUUGAUGAGACUUCACUUCCUGUAGAGGAAAACUACCACUCCCAGCAUGCUACUUCACUACCCAACACCUCCAGUGAGCCAGACUCCCUCCACGAAGGAGACUAUCACUCCCAGCAUUCAACUUCACUACCCAGCACCUCCAGUGAGCCAGAAUCUCUCCACGAAAGAGACUAUCAUUCCCAGAAUUCUAGUUCCAUACCCAGCACCUCCACUAAGCCAGACUCCCUCCACGAAGGAGAUUAUCACUCCCAGAAUUCUAUUUCCAUACCCAGCACCUCCAGUGUGCCAGACUCCCUCCAUGAAGGAGACUAUCACUCCCAGAAUUAUAUUUCCAUACCCAGCACCUCCAGUGAGCCAGACUCCCUCCACGAAGGAGACUAUCACUCCCAGAAUUCUAGUUCACUACCCAGCACCUCCAGUAAGCCAGACUCCCUCCACGAAGGAGACUAUCACUCCCAGAAUUCUACUUUACUACCUAACACCUCCAGUGAGCCAGACUCCCUCCACGAAGGAGACUAUCACUCCCAGAAUUCUACUUCACUACCCAGCACCUCCAGUGAGCCAGACUCCCUCCACGAAGGAGACUAUCACUCACAGAAUUCUACUUCACUACCCAGAACCUCCAGUAAGCCUGACUCCCUCCACGAAGGAGACUAUCACUCCCAGAAUUCUACUUCACUACCCAGCACCUCCAGUGAGCCAGUCUCCCUCCACGAAGGAGACAAUCACUCCCAGAAUUCUACUUCACUACCUAACACCUCCAGUGAGCUAGACUCCCUCCACGAAGGAGACUAUCACUCCCAGAAUUCUACUUCACUACCCAGCACCUCCAGUGAGCCAGACUCCCUCCACGAAGGAGACUAUCACUCCCAGAAUUCUACUUCACUACCCAGCACCUCCAGUGAGCCAGACUCCCUCCACGAAGGAGACUAUCACUCACACAAUUCUACUUCACUACCCAACACCUCCAGUGAGCCAGACUCCCUCCACGAAGGAGACUAUCACUCCCAGAAUUCUACUUCACUACCCAGCACCUCCAGUGAGCCAGACUCCCUCCACGAAGGAGACUAUCACUCCCAGAAUUCUACUUCACUACCCAGCACCUCCAGUGAGCCAGACUCCCUCCACGAAGGAGACGAUCACUCACAAAAUUCUACUUCACUACCCAGAACCUCUAGUGUUCUAGACUCUCUCCACGAAGGCAAUUCCAGUCUCUACCAGCUAGUGCUGGAAACAACCCCAGAAUUCCCUGAGCCAUCCUACGAGCCACACAGACAUUAUCAGCCGAUGCCAGAGAUGAACCCGGAGGAAACAGACUACCAACAGUCAGGAUCUUCCAAGCACUUCCAGGCAAUGCCAGAGACCAAUCUCGAGUUGGAUCAAGUGGAAGCCAACUACAGCACAACAGGAGGUAACCAGAGUCAUCGGGAGAAUACAAAAGAGACUACCACAAUGGCCUUUGAACCCAUAGAGAAUGCUACCGAGGCACGUGACCAUGCCGCAGAGAGAAGACACAAAGAGGUGAUCGUGGGAGAGCCUGAGGAGACAUCCAUCUCUACCAAGUCCCCGGGAGAGCUUGAUCCCCACCCAGCAUGGUCUACCCUCUCCCCCCACGCAAAGGCAACCUCAGUGUGGUCGCCCCUGGAUGGAUCUGGAGAUGUGUCCCAAGAGAUAGAACUAGUUGUCCACCAGGGAAUCCACACAGACAGAUUCCCCACCUCCUCCUCCUCCUCCUCCUCCUCCUCCUCCUCCUCCUUCACCACUCACAUGUCUGCCUCCCCUGGAGCCACCAGCAUUCCCAGUGAGGAGCAGACAGGAGUUACGCAUUCAAGCAGCAUCUUAUCUGGACUGGAUCAUUCGGAGGAGCUAGGACUGGAUGUGUACUCCACAGUAGGCCAUCCAAAAGUAACCUCGCAGGGAACUUCCUCCGCUAGGCUGGAGGGCAGCACCAGUCUAGAUUUUGAGGGUAUCGUCAUUCCAGAGAGAUUGGUACCUUCUAGAGAAGUGGAGCUGGCACCAGGGGAGUCUGAUGAGGAGCACCUGGGGUCUGGAGAGGGCAUAGCCACUACCGAGUCUCCAGACCUCUCCGCCACCUCCCAGCUGCCCGUCGAGUUUACCACUCUGGGCUAUCAAACAACGACCAUGUCCAGAAUAGAGAUGGAUCCCACAACCACGGACCCUGAAGAAGACGGAAGUGGACAUGAGCCAAGCACUGAUGAACCAUCCCUGGGAGAAAAAGUGACCGUCUUCCCCCUUGAGUCGCAAACAUCCAGCUGGGAUCUGCACCGCACCACCUCUGCACCCCAAGAGUCUCAGGAAGUCCUUGAAUACAGCGGGGAACCCCUUUCCACCUCUUCCCAGACAGAUCUUCCAGACUCCUCAGAAGAACCUGAUCUGUUUGGGUCAGACUCCUUGUCCACCUCAAGUACUGAUCCCACCGCAGCCACCAUGUCCACAUCCACCAUGUACACCUCCACAGAGUGGGCCACACGGACCUGGAGCCCCACCACCUCCACGACACAAGGUCCCCCAGAAAAAUCUGAGCCGGAGAGGGUGACGGCUCUUAUGCCCCCCGUGGAUCAGGGCCGGUUGGAUCUGGAAUUCGGUCUCACCCAGCCACCCACCCUGCUCAUGUUGCCCAAUGAGAGGGCUGCCGUGGGCAGUGCCAGGAAGAUUUCAGAUGCCUGUCUGGAGGACCCCUGUGCCAACGGCGGCACCUGCGUUGAGAUGGGUGGGAGCACCAAAUGUCUCUGUUUGCCCAGCUAUGGAGGUGACCUCUGUCAGACAGAUCUGGAGCAGUGUGAGGUGGGCUGGCAGAAGUUCCACGGGAACUGCUACAAGCACUUCAACCAGCGGCUGAGCUGGGAGGUGGCGGAGCAGCACUGUCGCAUGGUGGGGGGCCACCUGGCGUCAAUCAUGACACCUGAAGAGAAGGACUUCAUUAACAAUAACUUUAAGGAGUAUCAGUGGACUGGACUAAAUGACAAGACCAUCGAGGGGGAUUUCCACUGGUCCGAUGGCAAGCCACUGCUCUAUGAGAACUGGUACAGGGGCCAGCCUGACAGUUACUUCCUGUCUGGAGAGGACUGUGUGGUGAUGGUAUGGCAUGAUUCUGGGCACUGGAGUGACGUGCCCUGCAACUACCACCUGGCCUACACCUGCAAGAAAGGCACCUCUUCAUGUGGCCCUCCCCCCAAAGUCCGAAACGCACCUGCGAUUGGCAAAAUUCGCCAGAGGUACGAGACGGGCGCCGUUGUGCGCUACUACUGUGCCCAGGGCUUCCAGCAGAGACAAAACCCUCUGGUCGUGUGCCUGCCGGGUGGCAAGUGGGAGGAGCCUCAGAUCCUCUGCAUCCCUGGGGCAGGAAGCACAGCACAGACAGUAGGAGUAACAUCACUAACCACAGGAAGCCAGGAGCUGGCUGAAGAGGAAUCACAAACAACAAAGGAAACGCUUCAAUACUGGGACAUCAAGUGGAACUUUUAAAUGUCAUACCAUGUCGCGAGUUUCCUUUCCUCAUUGACCAGAGAUCUGAAAUGGCCUAACAGGUCAAGGCAAUAGGGUGAUCUUGAAGGAUAGGAGACAGGGAAAGAGUACUGGGACACCGGGUCAGUCAAGCAUAACCUCUUACAUUCCUACUGUCCUUCCCAAAGCACAUCGAUCUGAAUCUGUUGUUGGGAUAGCCUGGGCUUGAAGGUCUCUUGUCGCCCUACAUAGGAUGCAAUGAAUUGCAAUAGUGUCCUAGAACGCUAUAAUACAGAACCCAGAACAUGUUCUGUGAAAAUCCUAUCACUGAGGCAUAUCUAUAAUCAGUAACUCCUUGUCCGUUCAUCCAGAUUGUAUAAUGUGUGGAUCUGUAAGGAAACGUUUCUCCAAACCUUUUCUCCAAACCGGCACAUAACCCCAGGCGUGGUAGACAGAUAGUGGUAGGAUAUGCAGUAGCUCGUCUUGAGCACUGUCUAUCACAGGUGAAGUCUGGUGCCGGUUUGGUUCAGACGGUUUCUUUAAAGAUAUCCACACAUUGGACAAUCCAGGAGGAUGAACAAGGAGGUAUGGAUAGUAGAUGUGAAUUCAGUAAAAGGAUUACUGGAAACAGGUAAACCUAUGGACUUUUCGCCAGAUAUGUUCCGGACUCCACAUUGUAGCUAUCUAGGAUGCCAUUGCAUUCAAUGUGCGGGGUCAUCUGUAAGCCCAGGUCUCUUGUUGGUUUUAAACAGGCCUCAGCGGGCUAAUGGUGUUCAGCGAUCUCAUCUCCGCAAUUUAUCAUGUCAGUUCUCAAUCAUUGUUUAUUGACUAUUAUUGGCAAAUCAACUUUAUAAAUCCACCCAUAAUAUUUUCAACAACAGCUGGUCUGUUUGCAAUUCCAUUCAUAUUCCAUCAGCUGAGGACUACCUGAGGUCUGUUCAGGAGGGUGCAAACAUUACAGGACGUUCAGAUAGAAAUGUAUUGUGUAGAAUAGAUAUGAUUGCCCAGCCUGGCCUCAGAGCCGCACAAAAUAUAAUUGUGUAGUUCUGAGCACCUCCAAGAGGUAUGAUCCCUACAGUCUAGCAAUCCAAAGGUUGCAUGUUCGAGCCGCGUCGGGGAUAUCUGUAGCAUUUUAGCUAACCUUUCCCCUAACCCUUAUUCUAACAUUAACCCAAUUCACCUGCUAUGUAAAUUCACCUAACCUUUGUCAUUUUAGUCCUCCUAACCUUUGUAGUUAGUUCCCGUAACCGCCAACUUAAAUUGUCCCCGUAAUUGUCCUUUGUUGUUACAGUGCAACAAGCAACGUGGUCUCAGACAAAGACUUUGCAAUGCUAUAUGUCCUCCAAGACGUAUGAUACUGUACGUCCUCCAACUCGCAUGAUAUUGUACGACCACUAUUUUAUCCAACGUAGCGUAAUGUAUCAUCCUGAAUUGAGUGUCACAGAUUUCCGUACAGAUCCACACCAAUUGCCCUGACACCACAUUGGAUUGCCUGUAGACUCGGGACUCGGGAACGACUGUAGUUCUGUUAGUAAUAUUUCUGCCUACAAUGAUUUGAACCUUUCAUCUUAUUGAGUACACUGCAGGACAGGUGAGUCCUUGUAGGGAUGUCUGGUUGAGUGUCGACUCUGUGGUCCAACGUAACCUGUCCCACACCACUACCCCUAUGUCCUUUAUGAGUCCCCUUCAUAAAACAAAAAGGACUGCAUAGGUGUACGCAAUAUGAUGGAAACUCCACCAAGCCUACCAGAGGGCUAGGUGUGGCUAUUACCACAUUGCUGAUACCAAUACAAAUAUUUUAGAUGCACGAGGUGACUUAACAAAGUCUUCGGAAUGGAAGGAAUGGUUGGUUUGGAAUUGGGGCAACAACAAAAAAUCCCUGUGCUCUUAGGAACCCAUAUCAACUCUUGAACUCAGCAUUUAUGUCCAUCUCAACCAUCUCACAACCAUACGCCUUCUUAGACUUUUGUCAUCAACAGACUUUAUAUGAAACAUGGUGCUAACGCCCUUGCGUAUGAUACCUGCAUGAAGUACGUUAAGAAAUAUUUAUCCUUAAUAAUCAAAUUGGCAGGUUUGUGCAGUAGGAUGUUAGAAAAAUAAAACAACUCCAAACAAGCUUGUUUAUAAAAGUCAAUACCAUUAUCGAAGUAGAAUUUACAUUUCUCACAGUGGUCAUAACUCUUUUGGGGUGA